AUGUUUGGUUUCAGGUUUAGGUCACAAUGUCUUAAAUAUUUUAUUUGUUGUCGUUUUAUUUCUGAUGAAUCGAGUAUUUAUCGUCGUCAUUUUCUUAGUUUUUGUGCAUUUUCAACUUUGUUGGCAGCAUGUGUAGCCACAGGUGUUGGCUUAUUUCUUGGCUUCACCGGUGAUACUAAAAGACGAAUUUCUCCUUGCAUUGUUGUUCUUGUACUUAUGUUUAUUAUUCAAGUAUUAUUUGCCAUAUUUGAUGCUAAAGAUGCGUCUGGAGUCUUUCUCUGUGUGACAAUACUAAAUAUUGUGAUUAUAGGAGCAUUUAUCGGUUUAUAUAUAUCCAGUAUAUUUGGAGUGGCAUCCUAUUUUCCAGAUAAAUAUGCUAACGCUAUUGUUGUAGGAACAUCAAUUGGUAUAUUAUUAGCUGUUAUUAGUCGAAUAAUAGCGAAAGAGAAAUCUUAUUUUGUUGAUGCCUUACUCCAGAUGGUUGUCUGUCGAUUAGUUGAACCACAUUUAUCACCGACAGCCGCUGUGAUGUUACAUCUAUUUGUAUUUUUUGGUGCCAUUAGUGGCGUUGUUAAUUCAGUAUUCUAUCGUUAUAUUAUCAUUCUCUAA